UUUUUUUGUGUGCAAGCACGAUGCAAUAAUGUGCAACAAACAGCGGCUGCAUUGCGCUCGUGUUUCUGCACAUUAGCGCGCCGUUUCCUACCAGGAGGGACUUUGUUUACUCAGCGACAUCGAACCUCCCCCUCUCCCCCCUUUUUUUCCUUCUUGACUUCAUACCGAGGAGGAGGGUAAAGGGGGAGAAAAAGUACCAGUGCGUGAGGUCAGCAGCGUAGCAUGAGUCAACCUUGGGGAUGUAUGCAGUCAUCAUCGCGGGGCAGUAUUGUGCGGGCCUGCUGCCGUUGCUGGCCGCACAGAGCUGCGACUGUGCGAUCCUGCGGGGCUGAGCCGCCGUUAGUUGCAGCUUUUAUGACAAACACAGGUGUUGCCCAUGAAUGAGGAAAAACACACAGACUUCUUCAAAUUGGUUCACCCUCCCAGCUGGAGACCUCUGAGUAGGUCACAAAGAGUUUCAGAGGGAAUAGAAGAUUAUCUUGGUUGAGCUGGUUCCUGAAGUUUAAAACUUCAUCUUACUGUGCUUACCCUAAAAGGGUACACUUUACUAUAUUUAUUUAUUCUUUUUUUUUGGCUUUAGUUUUUGGAUUAAUAAAGCCAGGAAACAUCCAUUGGAGUGUUUGGAUUACCUGCUUUGGCUCAUUCAUGCCAGUCAUGAGUGUACCAGCCCAGCAGAAACCCAGCACCAAGAGAACGGGCAAACGGAUCACAUUUUUCAGCGAUCAAACUGUGGUCAUGAAGGAGACUUCUCAGCAUCCAGAAGGGACCUACUAUGUCCCAAGUGGCACUGCCUCAGACCCUGGACAAAGUGAGGCUGCAAGUACAGUGACUUCCAACCCUGAGGGCCCUCAUAUGUACCUCAACUCUGUCAUCUUCAGUCCAGAUAAGGGUGACCAAAGCAGGGGUCACUAUCAACAGACUGUGCCAAUGAAGUGGGCUCAUCAGGAGCCCAGUCAACAACAUCCGUCACUGUCCCAGCAGCAGAGAGCCGCUACGUGGACUGCCAUGCCUAACUGGGGACAAAACUUUGCAAAUUACAUUGGAGGACUUAACACAACAGAUUCAAGGACCUCGAAUGCAUUUGUUAAAUCUAUACAUGAGACACCUGGCUUACAGCCGCAUCAGCAACCCUCUAACAGAGACAAACCUGCAGGAGAAGCGUACAGGGAUGCAGCCAAGUCCCGGGGGUUAGAUUGGGAUCAUCAGCAUGAGCAGUCCCAAUCUUUUCCAGAGACUCUGAAACCUGGAGUGCUGAACACUCAGCAGCAGAGCACAUCCCACCCUGGAGGCAGUUCAGUUUUGCAGCCCUUUCAGUUGGCCUUCGGUCAGCCUAAGCAGCACCUCCCAGCUUACUACCAGGCCUUUCAAGGGAACAGAACCACUCUACCUAACCCACCUAACUACUCCACACCUAACGCUAAACCCCCACAUCACUUACAGCAGCUGCAGAAGCAAGAACAAAUCCAACGCCAGCAACAACAUCAUGUCAUCCAGCAGCAAAUUCAGCAGCAUCAACAGAUGCAGCAGCAACAAAUUAUACAGCAUCAACAGCACGUGCAGCUACAACAGCAGCAACAAUUACAGCAUGGGCAACAACAACAAAAGAUACAGCAACAACAGCAGCGGCAACACCUCCAGAUUCAGCAGCAAAUGCAGCAUCAGCAGUUGCAACAAAACCCCCAUGUGCUUGGCUAUUACUCUGGUGCACAGAAUGCACACCCUCACCCACAGCCUGUGGUGGUACACUCCCAGGAGUCCUCUGCUCCAGCUCCCCCAAAGAUCCAGGAACCAAUCAUCCAGGACAUCACCCCAGAACCCCAGCAGCCAUCUGACCCGCUGCAGCCCGAGGCCCUGUCGCAGAAUCAGACUCAGCUUCAAUCCCAAACGCAGCUCCGCAGAUCCCGACGGCUGUCCAAGGAAGGUGGGGCGCCGUCCGAUAACCCGUUUCUGCCUGUGCCCCCGGAUCAAGCUGGGCCGGGGGCACAAGGAGCUGAAAACGGGGCUGGAGACAUCCAAGCAGCACCCACGGGCGUGAUCCAAAGCACACGCAGAAAACGUCGCGUGUCCCAGGAGGUCAACCUGGAGAUGCUUGCUCAAGAGGCCUCUGAAAGGAAGUCUCCGUCAUUUGAUAAGGAGCCACACAGGCCGUGGAGUCCCGCUGAGUCAGACGGUAUGAACGCUAAGCGGCCUCGAGAUGACAGCCUUCUUCCGCUUGUCAUCCCUGUAUCUGUUCCAGUCCGGAGGCACGAUCCCUCGUCUCCUGAUAGAGACCAAGCAGCUGUGGCAUCUAACUGGCCUCACGGGCCUUCAAAUCCCCAAGACCUGGGCCGCGCGGAUCACAAACCCUCUGUAAUCGUCACCCGCAGGCGCUCGCUCAGGAAUUCCUUGUCAGAGAGCUCUGAGCAGAAUGACGGCGCGGAUGGGGAAAGAGAUGAUGAUGGCAAGAAGUCCAAACGGCGGCCCCGGCCCGAGCCCCUCUUCAUCCCGCCACCUAAACCUGGUUUAUUCAUCGCCCCACCCGUCUACUCCAGCAUCACUUCCUACCAAAGCCACCUGCGCUCCCCUGUCCGCCUCGCCGACAACCCCAUCACAAUCCCCCCCUACACACCUCCGCCCAUCCUCAGCCCUGUUCGUGAAGGCUCGGGGCUCUACUUCUCCACUUUCCUGUCAUCCACUGCAGCGAGCGGUCCCGGCCUGCCGCCUCCUGCAACGCCCAAGUCAGCCACACGCAGCCUGUUGCGUUCAAACAGCUGUGACAUCACACCACCAGUUCUGUCUGCUAUGAGCGAGGCCACUCCAGUCAGCAUUGAGCCACGGAUAAAUAUUGGGUCGCGGUAUCAAGCAGAAGUUCCAGAGCUGAGGCAGCGGGCAGCUGUUGAGCUGGAUCAGCAUCGAGCAGAGCUGGUUUGGGCUCCGUUGACCGAACUGGAGGAAAAACCCGAUUCCCGUGAAAAAGUGGAAGACCUCAUGCACCUGGCCUGCUCCAGUGCUUUGUUUGGAGGAGGCACCAACCAGGAGUUGGCGCACCAUUGUCUGUACGAGUGCAAAUGGGACAUAAUGGCUGCUUUGUCCCUGCUGAUGCUGAAGAAUCCAAUCUUCCCCAAAUGUCAUCAUCUGUCCAACUACCACUACUCAGGAUCAGACAGCUGGACAGCAGCUGAGAGACGCCAGUUCAACAAAGGCAUCACCGCAUACAAAAAGGACUUCUUGAUGGUACAGAAACAGGUAACCACUAAGACGGUGGCACAGUGUGUAGAGUUUUACUAUACAUACAAGAAACACGUAAAGAUUGGCCGCAAUGGGACGCUGCUUUAUGGCGAGUCAGAACCGUUGGAGAGCAGGACCACUGAGGAGGAGCUGGACCACAAGCAGGGCUCUCACAGACUGGAGCCACAGCAGGAGGAGGACAGCAGGAAGUGGGAAGGUUCAGCUGACAGGAAACAGGAUGUCUGUCCAGCCAGGGUGACACACACGCUGCAGGCCGCUGAGAAUCAGGCUGGGACCGUUCUGAUCAUGAAGGGCCAGGAGAACUUGGGGAGGGAACAGUCGCUAACCAGGGUCAUCCACCCCCCACAUCCACCUCCUCCCAGCUCCAAACCACGCUACGAUGGUAACGCACGCAAAACGAGCCCCACAACAGGCAACAAAGGCUCUGCCGGGCAGGAAGGAGAGUUCCCCUGCAAGAAAUGUGGCAGGAUUUUCUAUAAGGUAAAGAGCCGCAGUGCCCACAUGAAGAGCCAUGCCGAGCAGGAGAAGAAGGCUGCAGCCCUGCGGCAGAAGGAGGCCGAAGAGCGGGCAGCAGCAAAGGCAGCGGCCGAGGCCGCCGCCAUACUAGCCGCACGGCAGCAGAACGGGACACGUCAGGUGGGCGGAGACAGCACCAAUGAUGACUCAUCAGAUGGAGAGAAUGAGGAUAAUGAAGACUGGCAGUAGGAGGACCCCUGUAGACACUGACUGCACAAGGCAGAGUGGAAUAUUCUCUUGGAUGAACAAAGAUAUGUGGGUUUUUUUUUUGUUUUUUUGUUUUUUUUUUACAAAAAGAAGAAGAAACCCUCCAGUGAGCUUUCUGUAUAUUUUGUAGAACAAAAAGAUUUCCGUUGUUUGGCACUUUCAGGGACAGAUGAUCUCCCACGUACUGGUCUAACGGUGAGUGCUCAGACUGUGUGAAAGUGGAUUUCUGUGAAAAUGUGCUUUCCAGAACUCACCAACUCCCCUUUACUCUGCUUGAACAGCUUUUCAAGAGUUGCAUCUCUUGCUCACAGGGCUCGGUGAAAUCAAAGCCAUGGCGCUCGUCUCUUCUCGUCUCGGCGCUGUCCUGUCCUCCUUUCCCCGCCGCGGCCUUUCCUUAGCACUUUGAGUCUCACCCCGUUUUGUUCCGUUGGGCAUGUCGGACACUUUUUUUCCUCUUUUGACGACGAGCCACGGCACACGCCUACUUAAUCUGCAUCCCGACUGUGGAGCGUCGGACGAAAUAUUUUACGACGUGGUGGGUGAAAUCUGACAGCUGGGUCAGGGCAGGAAGAAGCGAAAGGGUUGUACUGUUACUUUUCUGCUCGAUGAUGGACGGAUGGUGUGCAGGCUCGGUGUAACCUCUCCUCUGCACUCACAGCUGCCAAAAGCUUUUUCAGACGCAUGAAAUGAGUUCUCUCUGUUUUGACUUUAGUCCUGUGAAUUUGCUUUUUGGCUCUUCAACUUUUAUAGCCCGUUUGUUCCCCACUGUUGAUGCCUUGGAUGUUACAAUGGGUUUUAUGACAAUCACUUUUACACUAUUUGCCCCCCCCCUUAAUAUACAUAUACAGGCAAACAUGACUUUUUUUUGGGGUCUGUGUAGCUAUAUUGUUUUUUGUGAAUAUUCCUGUUGGUUAUUAUUAUUAUUAUUAUUAUUAUUAUUAUAUUCUGGUUUUGACUGCAAACUUAUUGAGUGCUUUUUCCCAUUUUGUUUUUUUUUUAUUUUAUUUUUGUUUAACAAAAAUGCUACUUGCUGCCUGUUGAUAACUGUGAGAUUUUUUAUUUUUUUUUUUUUUACUUUUUAUUCUAUUAUUAUCAUAAUUUUUUAUGCUGUUGGGGGAAGCCAGAGAUGAAGAAAAGGCAGAAGCAAAUGUGCAAUAGAACAAGUUGCUCAGUGUGUCCUUGUUAUAGAUUAUCCAACAGUAUGGAGAGAAGAAAAAAAAAAAAAAAAAAACCUUACUUGUACCCCCAACUGUUACCUGAGUGGUCUCCCCCCCAAACCACCCACCCCUUUUGUCAUGCUUACAACCAGCUGCUCUGGAUGCCUCUCUGUCAACCCUGUAACUGAUAGGAGUUUCUGACUCAGACUGUUGAAACCACAGGUCUCUGCAGAUACACACAGCAAAUAGGCAGAAAAUGUUGGCCUUAGAUUUCUAUUUCUCAUUGUGCACAAGACAGGGCAGCUUGAUAAGUGUGGAGAGAAUGCUGAUACAGACUACAAAACCAAACUCUAUUCAGAUUUUGUAGGAUAAAAUAGGAGAUUUUUGGCUUCUAGAAUCAAAACAUCUGUGAAAUGUCCUGUAAAUGUCUGCCACUGAUAAUUUAAGGUUUUAAGAGGAAAGAACUUUAUUAACUUGAAAUGUGAUCCAGAUUUUGAAAUUUUUGCAGUAUUUUAAGUGCAGAAAUUAUUUUAGAACCAAAAGUCACCUCCUGUUACUUCUACCUCAGUUUUUGGUUAACGUAUGUUCCUGAGACUGUUAUCGACUUCUUAAAAAAACAAUUAAUAGAUUCUUUUUUGUUUGUUUCCUAAACAGAUGGAGUUCUUAUUCCGCAGCUUUUUACCUGAAGAUUAUGAAUACUUGGAGGACAUCUUUGGUUUUAUGCAUUUUUUUUUUUUGUUUUGCUGCAUAUCACAGUUUUUGCCAGGAGACUUUUAUUAGCGACCCCCCCUUUAGUUUCAGAUGUUGAAUUCUUUGUGUCCUCUCUUACUGUUCAGCUACGACUUAUUUCUGCACCUUUCAGACUGUUACAGAAGGUAAAUCAUUCAGUUGCAAAAAACACAUUAAAAAAUAGGCAGACGCUCUUAUAGUGCCACAACUGGAUUUAUAUUAUUGCACUAAAAUCCUUGUAUGCUGAUAUUUGCCAUCCUUAAAUUAAACUUUUUUUAUAUAAAAAAAUAAAUUGAAGAAUGGAUUGCUUCUGGUAUGAAAAAAAUGUGUCUGCAGUUGUUGCACCACAUGCUCCACUUAAACCUUGACCAUGAGUGUUUGGAGCUACAAAAGGGCAGCAUGACAUAACUUACAUGUGCCAAAAUAUGACUCAUUGAAGCAGUUGAAAUUAUCUUGAGUUCUCCCAUCAGAUGUGGCUGUUAAAGGCCAGCAUGGAGUCGAUAUCCUCAUAUCUCUUAGCGAACAGUGUGUAUCUGCAGUUCCUGUUUACUGUAUUGCUGAGACUCUAAGUUAAGACCAUAGAAACAGUGUUUUGUGAUUCGUCUAUCACUGCAUAUCUCCACGUUAAGCCCUUCAGCCCAGAGCCAGUUUCUGUUGCCGUAGCAACAAAUGGGUUAAAGGGUUAUUUUCCUCAUAAAGGACAAACACAGUGGGGAGCUGGGGAAAGCAGGGAGAAAGAGCUCUAGUUACUUCACAAGUUAAGCCUGGGUCAGUGCACAGACUGUUCUGUGUGAGUGUGCAUAUGUGUUUGUGUGUGUGUGUGAAGCAUCCUUUCAGAGGUGUGUAUGAGUGCUGUGAGGUCAAAUGUUUAACGGUAUGCCAGUCAGUGGGGGAAAAAAAGUUUUGCAGACUGUUCACAUGUUUAUGUUAAUUUAUAUUUCCUUAUUAAUUGGGCUUGUCUUGAUGUUCUUGCUGGGGGGGGGGGGUUACAAGAAAACGUUUCAAAGCUGAAUUAUGGAUGAAAUGAGGCCACAAACACUUAGCUGUAAACCUUUCUCAUUUCAUCCAGUUUAUUAAGGGACUAUUAAGGGGACAAAAGGUUUAUUUAGCUAAAGAUUAAAAAUAUAUAUGAAUGGAAUUCUAUGUUUGCAUACUUUCUAUGCUAUUUUCAUAUAGGGUUCACACUAACAGAAAGGAAUCUCAAGUGCUUUUUACUACAGUGUAACUUAUUUGUUUUGAUUUGAUUUUUACCACCUGUGUUUUUAGUAAUGGUUUAUGAAGCACUGUAUAUUAAAUGUUUAAAACAUU